UCUGGUUAAUAUAAAUAGUGUGCAUAGCUUACACGCUUAAUUGGCAUACCCGAAAUGGCGACCGAAUCUCUCCUCAUUUCCGUCGUUCUAAUCAACAGCGUCGCCUUGGCGUACAACAAAAUUCCUGAUUGUUUUAUGGACGUCGCGUCCGGAAUUAGAAGCAAGUGCCAAGAAGAAACAGGAGUCGAUUUGGCCGUCGUGGACAGGAUGAUGGAUGGUGAAUUUUCCGCGGAAAAAUCGGUCUCCUGUUAUUUGGGGUGCAUCCUGAACAGCUUCGGUGUGUAUAAGCCCGAUGGAUACAUCGAUUACGACAGGCUGCUGCUCGGAUUCUCGGAUGAUCUUAAGCCCGCGUACAAAGCCAUGUACGAUAUUUGUAAGGAGUACAAGGGAGAAGACAUGUGCGAGACUGCACUGAUUUCCAAUAAAUGCUAUUACAACUACAACAAGGAUAUCUACUUCGUCUUGUGA